UUCGAUGGAUGACGUAUUAUUUUUAAUGCCGUUGGACCAUCGCAUUGGCGCGCACACGUGCAGAGUAUCGAUGGCGAGCACCGUUCGAUUUUGCGCAGUGUUUUAAGUGGCUAAAGUGAUCGCUCGAUUCUCGUACAUGCACAAUGGUUUUAAUUGCACAGAGUGACGAGAGAUCGUCGUGCGAGCGACCGACUUCGAAAUGCGCGCAAUACGUGGGCGUGCUUGUGGCGACACUCGCCGCGUUCUCGAUUGGCACAUAUUUGUCAUGGACGUCGUCCGCCUUGCCACUUUAUAACACGAACGAUACGCUGUCUGUCAGCGAUCAGGAAGGCUCCUGGAUUUCUUCUUUGGUCCCUCUUGGUGCUAUUCCAACUGCUAUUCCGACGGGAAUGUUUGCGGAUAGGAUUGGUCGGAAGAAGAUGAUUUGGAUGACGACCGUGCCUUUAUUUCUUUGUUGGUAUAUCAUCGGAUUUGCACAGAGUAAAAUAUGGAUUUUCCUGGCUCGGUUUGUUGCGGGAGCAGCAUGCGGUGCAGCAUCUGUCGUUGUUCCCAUGUUCGCUUCUGAGAUUGCCGAGCAGAACAUUAGAGGCUUGCCUGGCAUCAUUUUUCAAUUGCAGAUUACCGUCGGAAUUCUCUUCGCAUAUUCUACUGCUUUUACCGAUAGCUUGCAUGUCAUCGCGAUACUUUGUUCCGUGGUGCCCGCUUUGCUUUUGAUUUUCUUCCCAUUCGUACCGGAAUCACCGGCGUGGCUGGUUAUGCAGAGACAGAAGAACGAGACAAAUAUUGUGCUAAAACACUUCAGGAGAAGUCGUUCUAACAUUGAAGCGGAAUUGACCAGGCUCAAGCUUCAAGCCUCAGAAAUGCGAGAAAUCGAACCCAAUAUUUCGGAUUUGAAGAAUUAUAAAAGAACGACCUUCAUUAUACUCGGUCUAAUGUUUUUCCAACAACUCUCCGGUGUUAACAUUCUGAUAUUCUACGCAAAAAAGAUCUUCGACGAUGCGGGCUCAAUUCUGAGCUCAUUUACGUCAUCAGUAAUAAUGGGUACCGUACAAGUGAUUGCUACCUAUUUUUCGACCGUUUUGAUUGAGCGCGUCGGCAGAAAGCUAUUAUUAUUCAUCAGUGCGUCAGUGAUGGCAGUUUGUAUGUUCACAAUGUCAGGGUAUUUUCGUUUCCAGAGCUCUCACGACCUCUCGAACUUCUCCUGGAUCCCUCUGCUCUCGUUCGCAAUAUUCAUCGUAAUUUUCAGUAUCGGCUUUGGUCCCGUACCAUGGUUGAUGGUUGGGGAGUUGUUCACAAACAACGUGAAGAGCGUGGCAAACACUGCCGUGAUGUGCAACUGGACGUUGGCCUUUCUCGUGACAAAGUACUUUCAGGACAUGGUGAAUCUCAUGGGAAUCUCCUCGUCAUUCGCUACAUUCGGCAUGAUAAGUUUAAUCGGAACCAUAUUUGUCUCUGUGAUGGUGCCGGAAACGAAGGGCAGAAGCUUCGAGGAGAUUCAGAUCGAGUUGUACGGGACGCAAAUUAGGAUCCCGACGAAAGAUCCAGUAGCGAGGGAAACAUAACGAAACUUAAUAAAAUAAUCACUGAAUCGAAAUGUUCAAUUGUAGAAGUAUGGUUGUAACUCGUUUGUAUAUCAUGAAUAUUUUAUAAGUCACCUGCAGUAGCGCGUAAUUAUAAUAACUUAAUUACUUCCAGACGUGAUUUUAAAAUCUAGAAAGGAAUAUUCACGGAGAGAGGGGGGGUAAGUUGUGCUCCUGGUAUAAUCAUAUAUAAUUACAGAAAAUACUCU